GUUGGCUUUCCCUCAUUUUUAAUUUAUCAUGAAAUAUUUUCAUGUAGAAAAAUGGAUAAUGCAGAUGAUUCUAAUUCAUACAAUUCAGUUGAUUUAGAUGAUCAAAGUGCUAAGGAACAAGAUACAAUGGUGGUAGACUACUUAGAAGUUGGAGUUGAACAUGUACAAGUUAAAACAUCAAUAGCUAACUUAGAAGACGUAGGUUGCUCACUAUUUGAAAAUUGCCAACAUGACCAAGAUGAUUUAGUGCAGCACAGUAGAGGCCAUGGAUCAUCCAUUGAGGAGCCACAUGUAGGUAAAAAGUUCAAAGAUGUAGAAGAAGCAUAUACGUUUUAUAAUGUAUAUGCAUACAAAAAUGGUUUCAGUAUAAGAAAAGCAAGCCACUACAAAGCAAGAAAGAAAGAAAAUUUGGUCACAGCAUUACAACUAACUUGUUCUAGAGCAGGUUAUUUCAAACCGCGAGGUGGAGGUGAAGCAGGGAGUAAGGGUACACCGCAAAAAGAAAUGCAAUAUACAAGGACGGGUUGCAAGGCACAAAUGCGAGUUAAAAUGAUAGAAGAUGGCAGGUGGACAAUAACGACCUUUCAUAAAGAGCAUAAUCACACUUUGAUUGUUAGUCCUUCGAAGUCACGGUUCUUUCGAUCGCAUCGUUUUAUAACACAUGACCAAAAAGAGAUGAUUAGCUUGCUUAGUGAACAAAAUAUUUCGACUACUCAAAUAAUGUCAUUUAUGGCUGCGAGGGAAGGUGGAGCACAUAAUAUUCAUUUCAUAAGGAAAGACCUAAGCAAUCAAGUUUCUGAGAGCAAUAGGAGGUUGAUUGGUGUUGAUGUGUCAACUACUAUUAACUACUUUCGUGAGUUGCAAGCGAGAGAUUCAUUGUUCUUCUAUGCUCUUGAGGUAGACGAGCAAAGUAUGGCACGAAAUUUGUUUUGGAUUGAUGGUAGAUCAAGGAUUGCAUAUCAAAAUUUUGGCGAUGUCGUUACUUUCGACACUACAUAUAUGACCAACAAAUAUAGUAGGCCCUUCGCGCCUUUUAUUGGAGUGAAUCAUCACAGACAAUCAAUUUUCUUUGGUUGUGCUCUUAUUAGAGAUGAAACCGCCAACACAUUUUGUUGGCUAUUUCAGACAUGGCUAGAAGCAAUGUUCGGUCAACAUCCUAAAGCUAUUAUCACCGAUCAGGACCCAGCCAUGAGAAAAGCAAUUCAGCAGGUUUUUCCAAACACUGUGCAUAGAUGUUGCCUAUGGCAUGUUAUGCGAAAGGCAAAGGAACAUUUUAGUUUACUCUAUAGCACAAGAGAAGGCUUUAAAGACGAUUUACUUUCAUGUAUUAACAAUAGUAUAACAGCUGAAGAAUUCGAAAUAGAAUGGAGUACAAUGGUUGAAAAAUAUGGAUUGCAAGAUAACAAUCACAUUCAAGUAAUGUGGAAUAAUCGAUAUCAGUGGGCACCUGCAUAUUUUAGAGACACGUUUUUUUCCAAUAUGGGUAUAACACAACGUAGUGAAAGUAUCAAUGCAGUUUCAAAGAUUUGGGUAGACUGCCAUACCUCUAUAUACAAGUUUGUUACUCAGUUCCACAAAAUGCUUGAAAGCCGAUAUGACAAGGAAGACGAGGCAGAUUUUAGAACGUGCGGCGGUGAAGCAAGUUUAUGGUCAUAUUCUCCUAUCGAAAUCCAAGCUCGUGAUGCAUAUACGAAAGCUAAUUUUCUAGAAUUCAAGACACAAUUGAGACUAAGUACAAGAUAUGAAUCAUCAGAAUUGGAGAAAUAUUCAUUAUAUAAGGUAAGUACAAUUGUUGACCCUAUAUUACCGUCUCGUUAUGUGCAGUCUUAUGAAGUUAGCGUGGAUGUAGCAAGCAAAAUGAUAGUUUGUACUUGCAAAUUGUUUAAAUUUGCUGGCCUUUUGUGUUCUCAUGUACUAAGGGUAAUGCUUGACAUCAAAAUGCACUUAAUUCCUUUGCAUUAUAUUUUAAAAAGAUGGACUAAAGAUGCGAAAAAAGGGUCAUCUAGUAUUCAAUUAGUGAAACGUGUUGCCAUGGGUGAUGAUCCACAUGCAAAAGCUUUAAGAGUCCAAGCACUCACUCAAAAAGCUCAAAAGAUUAUAUUUGAAGGUGCACAAAGUUUUGGGUCAUUUGAGUUAGCAUGUGAAAAAGCCGAUAAGCUUGUUGAUGAGAUAAUCUCAUAUAAUCAAGCCUCAAAAGGAUCACAAGAUGACGAAGUUGAAGCGCAUCUUCCUAUUCCACAAAUUGAUGGACUUGAUCUCAUGGUGAAAGACCCUCCAUCAUCACAAUGUAAAGGAAAAAGAAAGCCACAAAGAUUCAAGCCCCCUGCCGAAAAGUGAGCAAAGAAAUCUAGGACGUGUCAAAAUUGUCACAAGCAGGGACAUAAUGUUCGAACUUGCAAGGAGGUUUUAUCAUUGGAUAUGAAUAUCAAAGCAGAUGCUGACGAAAGCAACUAAGAUAGGAGUUGCUAAUGCCUUAUUUUGGAGCAAUUUCUAUAAGGAGGCUGAAAUUGAUUUUGCUUUUGUUGUUGCUAAAUAGGCAAGAGGUG